CUCUCAUUUGGCGUCGAGUUGAGUGACUAGUCGAAGAUACAGUUAUUAUUAUAACUAAGAAUUUAUUGUAAUUUAUAUUUUGAGAAACAAUCAUUUCAUAAAGAAUUAAAAAUGGUGGACAGGAUUGACAUGGCUUUGGACGAUAUCAUAAAAGCAAGUAAAGGAGGAAAUAGAAGAGGAGGUGGUGCAGGCCGAAAAUUUGAUACUAACAAAAGACCUGGCCGUGGAGGCGGCGGAGCUGGUGGUGGUUUCCGCAAUGGUCGGUCCGGUGGCGUAUUACGUGGAAGAAAUCGUGGCGGAGUUUCCAAACCAACAAAUUACACAAGGGGUGAUGUUAACAGCACAUGGAAACAUGAUAUGUUUUCGGAGUUUGGUGGCGAGAGGAAGAUGCAAAGAAGCGGUCCCAUCACCAUGGGCCCUACAAAGCUCAUGGUGUCCAAUUUGGACUUUGGAGUUUCUGAUUCAGAUAUUCAAGAGCUAUUUUCUGAAUUUGGCAUUUUGAAAAGUGCCGCUGUACAUUAUGACAGAUCGGGAAGGUCCUUGGGGACUGCUGAUGUUGUGUUUGAAAGGAGAGCUGAUGCCCUAAAAGCCAUGAAGCAGUAUAAUGGAGUACCUCUAGAUGGCCGCGCAAUGAACAUCCAGUUAGCUACUUCAGAAAUAAGCACCUUUAGAACUGAAGAAAGAGGAGGAGGUGGCCGCCUAGGAGGUGGUGGCGGCGGAGUUCCCAUCAGGAGAAAUUCUAACAGAGUGGGUGGCGCUGGUAGAAAUCAAGGUGGUGGAGGAGGCGCACCUCGGGGUGGUGCUCGACGCGGCCGCGGAGCCGGCGCCGGCCGCGGCCGCCGCCCGGUCCCAACAGCAGAACAACUUGACGCAGAAUUAGAUGCCUAUGUCAAAGAAAUUAAGUAAAUUACAAUUAGUAAAAUAGUGCAGUGAAAUGGACACUUUGUACAUUAAGGAAAAUUAACACUAACUGUGUUGAAUUUAUUGAUGAAAUGAGAUGGAAAAAAUGUUUAGCUAUAAUAUUACUCUAAAUACUGUAGAGUAUAUUAUUUUUGAUGACAUCAGUUGAAAUUGUGGUUUAGACUUCUGUUUUCCAGCAAAAAGAAAUUUUCAAUAAAAGCAUUUUGAUAAUUGGU